AUGCACCAGCAGCUUUCCGAGUACACGUCCCUAAGCACGGAAGACCAUCAACGUAGACUUUCUGAUGAGUUGGACGACCCGUACUACGACCAGGAAGACAUUGAGCUCGAAACUAUUUUUGAAAACGACCACUCAAUUGUUGAGCAACACCCGGACCAUGAGCACCUAAUUCGCAGCACACCAGAUGAAGAGGAACAAGGAAAUGAAGACCAAGAAAACUCACCUUAUGCUGAGGUCAGGGCUGCUGUCCCAAUAACCGACGAAAUGUCGCGCGUAAACCACUGGCGCACAUGGGCACUAACACUCGUAUUUGUGGCUCUUUUUUCCGCUGUUAAUCAGUUCUUUUCUCUCCGGUAUCCGAGCCUUGGAAUCGGGUUCAUAGUUGCUCAGCUUGUCUCGUACCCGGUUGGAAGUUUUUUGAGCUCUGUUUUCCCGAAUCGCAACCCGUUCCCACAAUCAUUCCGCGACAAAUAUCCGGGCCUUACCGCGUGGUUCGACCUCAACCCAGGCCCGUUUUCCAUCAAAGAACACGCAGUCAUCACCAUUGCAGUCUCUCUCACGGCCUCUUCUGCUUACGCAAUGAACGUCCUGCUGGCCCAAACAAACUUUUACCUCAAGGAGUACUCGCUUCUCUACGAAAUCCUUCUCGUGGUGACAACCCAAAUGCUUGGCUAUGGCUUUGCAGGACUUACCAGGCGUUGGGUCGUGUACCCAGCAGCCAUGAUUUGGCCUGAUACUUUAGUUUCAACUACCUUGUUUACAACUAUCCACAAAAGCCAAUCGCAUACUCCAGCAAACGGCUGGACCGUUUCUCGUUACCGUUUCUUUGCCUACGCUGCUGGGAUUUCUUUCAUUUGGUACUGGGUCCCUGGGUUUUUAUUUACUGGGCUUUCCUACUUUUCUUUUCUGUGCUGGAUCUUCCCUAAAAAUCGAGUCGUCAACCAGCUUUUUGGCUUCAUAUCAGGGCUCGGUAUUCUUCCAAUCACGUUUGACUGGACACAAGUCACACAGGCUGGGGGGUCACCGCUGGCCACGCCCUGGUGGGUCACUGCAAAUAUCAUUGGAUCCGUUGGUUUAUUUUUCUGGAUUAUCGUGCCCAUUCUUUACUAUACAAACACAUGGUACUCAAAGUAUCUCCCAGUAUUGUCAACAUCAACAUUCGACAAUCGAGGUAAACCUUAUGACAUUAGUAGAAUCUUGACCAGUGGGUUCAGCUUAAACGAGGAAGCUUAUAAAGAGUACUCGCCACUGCUUAUCCCAUUUUCUUAUAUCAUGUCUUAUGGGCUCAACUUUGCAGCUGUCAUUGCAAUCUUUGUGCACAGCAUAUUAUACAAUGGCAAGGAUUUUUACCAUAAACUAAUUGAUGCCUCUCAUGGUGGAGAAGAUAUCCACAAGAAAAUGAUGAACAAGUAUCGAGAAGUUCCUGAUUCAUGGUAUUUUUGUUUGUUUCUUCUAGUCAUGGGACUCUCUGUGUUUUUAAUCACUGUAUAUGACACUCAAUUGCCCCUGUGGGGGUUACUAUUGGCAGUUAGCAUCACUGCAAUUAACUUUAUUCCCCAAGGCCUUCUAGAAGGUAUCACAAACCAGCAUGUUGGUCUCAAUAUCAUCACAGAACUGAUUGCUGGGUACCUAUUCCCAGGCAAGCCAUUUGCUAAUCUUAUGGUCAAGCUCUAUGGCUUCAUUCCCAUGCGCCAGGGUCUUGAUUUUUCGCGCGACCUCAAACUCGCUCAAUACAUGAAAGUCCCACCCGUUCUUUUGUUCUGGAUUCAGAUAGUGUCGACUCUAGUUGCAGCUUUUGUCAACGUUGGACUCCAGCGCUGGAUGCGGGCAAAUAUACCCAACGUAUGCGACAUACACCAGGAAAAUGGUUUCAUCUGCGCAGGUGGUCGCACCAUCUUUAACGCAUCCAUUAUCUGGGGCGUGGUUGGUCCUCAGCGCAUGUUUUCGCCAGGAGCAAUGUACCACCCCAUUAUGUGGUUUUUCCUUGUGGGCGCCAUUGUUCCCGUCGGCACAUACUAUCUUCAUAAUAAAUACCCUCAUCGGUGGUUUGGCCAUCUUAACGCGCCAGUGUUUUUUUCGGGCCCGGCAAGCAUUCCGCCGGCAACUGGUGCCAAUUACGGAGCUUUUGCUCUGGUCGGGUUUGUUUUCAAUUUUGUGAUUCGAAAGAAAUGGGCUCCUUGGUGGAGAAAGUACAAUUAUAUCUUGUCUGGGAGCUUGGAUACAGGGGUCGCGCUGUCAACUAUUGUCAUUUUUAUUGCCGUAUCUUGGACGGGAGGGAGACUGUCUUGGUGGGGUAACAAUGUCUGGAAAAACACGCUUGACUAUAUUUCUGCCAGCUAUUAUACAGUGAAAGAUGGCGAAACUUUUGGGCCGUCAUCGUGGUAA